ACGUCUGUUUAUUAAAAAAAUACUAACGAGUAAAGAACAGUAUUUUUAUCCUUUGUCAAUAAAUACUGUGUGAGUUUAAUUUGUACUUUGCGUGUCUGUAAAUAAGUGUUUUAAAACAUGCGCUCAAAGUGGGGAAGCACGGCACUUAGUGGAAGGGCCGCGUGCUAUUCAUCUGGUGCCACUACCGUUAGUAACUUAAUUUGCUGCCAGGUUCGCUAGGAUAUGAUUGCAGCGCAAGGGAGCACGUGGACUAGGAUAUAUCGAAGACAGCAGCGACUUCACAGUGAGUUACUUGCAUUACAUUCGUUUGCAGAUACUUUUUUCUCUUUCUUAUUACUGUUGAAAAUAUUCGUGCAGGCAUGGAGAUUCAUGUCUUCACAAUCAGUAGUAGUUACAUUAUUAGCAUCUUGGUGUAGGUGAGUAGGUUUGACUGUUUACUUUAUAUUUAAAACUUUGUUGAUUGAAGAAUAAUGUUGUUCGACCAUAACCUGAAUCAAACGCAUGGAUGAUAACACCGGACUCAUUUUGUUGCAACUAAUUACAGUAAAAUAAGGAUGCAACAAAUGAAACAAUGAUAUAAAUGAGAAUUAUCAUCUUGCUUCACACGUAACAAAGAUAGAGAGAGAGAGGAAUUAUUUUCACAUAAGCUUGAAGCAAGUGGGGAGUCAUCAGGCACAUAAAAUUUGGAAAUAAAAUUCGUGAAAACAAAGUAACUGACAAUUUUAGAGAACACAAGAUUUUCCUGAAGCCAGCAACCAUAUAAAUGAUUCUCCCAGGUUAACAGUAGCCAAAGGAAAAUAUAUAAACAGAAAUAAUAAUGGAACCUAAAAGUUACAAAGUAAGAACUAAGAGUCGAAAAUGUAAAAUUCAAAAUUCCUCACGUAAGGACAGUGAUAUUGCUCGUGAAGGAGGAAAAAUCCGUUCAGGUUCUCCACACUUCAAAGGAACACAAUUCACUGCGUCUGAUUCAGAAUCUAAAAAUAAGAAUGGCUUUUCAAAUGGAUCUACAAAUGUAAUGAAGAGACUUCAAGGUCAAAGCAAUUAUGGUACACAGACUAUGGCAGUCGCUGAGAUUUCUAUGAAGACAGAUUUUAAGCAAUGCAGUGAAUGUGGGAAAAAUUACUCGAGUGAAUUGGAUUUUAAAUAUUGUCGGGUCAUCGGGAAGUCACUGUGUUCAGUAUGUUGUAAAACAGAGUGUGAACUGAAACUUAUAUCACAGCUCGGUCAACAGUGCUUUGUCAAACUGAUAGAUGUGAUGAAACUUUGGAGAUUCAGUGAAGUUAAGAGGCUUGAGAAAGAGACAUUUAAACCAGCGAAAGGAAAGGAUACAGAUAACGAUGAACUACAUUCACCACAAAAGAUCUUGCAGAAGGAAGUUGGGCAGACUGCAUCCUCGAAAGCUGUUCAAAAACCAACGAAGGAGUUGAGCGAUACCAAACAGGAAAACAAGAAACGUUUUGUAUCUACGCAAACGGAUGUGGUUGAUUUACAGAAUUCUAGUAAACACGACGUUGGAUUAUCUGAAACCCCUGUCAAGAAACUUAACAAGGGGUUGAGUAAUAUCAAACAGGAAAACAAGAAAGAUAUUUUAUCUUCACAAAAUGAUGUGGUUGAUUUACAGAAUUCUAGUAAACACGACGUUGGAUUAUCUGAAACCCCAGUCAAAAAACUUAACAGGGGGUUGAGUAAUAUCAAACAGGAAAACAAGAAACAUAUUUUAUCUUCACAAAAUGAUUUGGUUGAUUUACAGAAUUCUAGUAAACACGACGUUGGAUUAUCUGAAACCCCAGUCAAAAAACUUAACAGGGGGUUGAGUAAUAUCAAACAGGAAAACAAGAAACAUAUUUUAUCUUCACAAAAUGAUUUGGUUGAUUUACAGAAUUCUAGUAAACACGACGUUGGAUUAUCUGAAACCCCAGUCAAAAAACUUAACAGGGGGUUGAGUAAUAUCAAACAGGAAAACAAGAAACAUAUUUUAUCUUCACAAAAUGAUUUGGUUGAUUUACAGAAUUCUAGUAAACACGACGUUGGAUUAUCUGAAACCCCAGUCAAAAAACUUAACAGGGGGUUGAGUAAUAUCAAACAGGAAAACAAGAAACAUAUUUUAUCUUCACAAAAUGAUUUGGUUGAUUUACAGAAUUCUAGUAAACACGACGUUGGAUUAUCUGAAACCCCAGUCAAAAAACUUAACAGGGGGUUGAGUAAUAUCAAACAGGAAAACAAGAAACAUAUUUUAUCUUCACAAAAUGAUUUGGUUGAUUUACAGAAUUCUAGUAAACACGACGUUGGAUUAUCUGAAACCCCAGUCAAAAAACUUAACAGGGGGUUGAGUAAUAUCAAACAGGAAAACAAGAAACAUAUUUUAUCUUCACAAAAUGAUUUGGUUGAUUUACAGAAUUCUAGUAAACACGACGUUGGAUUAUCUGAAACCCCAGUCAAAAAACUUAACAGGGGGUUGAGUAAUAUCAAACAGGAAAACAAGAAACAUAUUUUAUCUUCACAAAAUGAUUUGGUUGAUUUACAGAAUUCUAGUAAACACGACGUUGGAUUAUCUGAAACCCCAGUCAAAAAACUUAACAGGGGGUUGAGUAAUAUCAAACAGGAAAACAAGAAAGAUAUUUUAUCUUCACAAAAUGAUGUGGUUGAUUUACAGAAUUCUAGUAAACACGACGUUGGAUUAUCUGAAACCCCAGUCAAAAAACCUAACAGGGGGUUGAGUAAUAUCAAACAGGGAAACAAGAAAAGAAAUAAAUCUCCAAAGAAGAUUAUAAAUGGUUCGGAAAAUUCAAAGAAACAAAAUGUUGAAUUGUUAGAAGCUUCUGUCACAAUAAAACAAUUGACAGAAAGCCUGAAAGCAAAUAAAAAUGAGAAUUAUUGUGACAGACUCAAAUGUAAGAAGAAUGAUGUUCAGUUCCAAGAGAAUGUUGAGUGUGGUGAAUCGAAAAUUGUUAAUGACGUUUUAAAUCCAGAUAAUAUGGUAACUGCCUCAAAUAGGAAAUCACCAGAGACGAAGAAUGGACGUUCUUGCUUACCACGUCGCAAAAGAAAACGUAAAAUGCUGACAACACGUUGCAAAAGACGGAGGUUACAUCACAUGGAAACCUCGAAAUCAGUGACUAACGAACUGAAUGUUAAAGACUUGGAUCCACAGUCGAAUAAUCAUUUUAUCUGCUCAACAUGUUUGGCGAAAUUUUCACAUCAGAUUGAUGCUAAGGUUCAUGAACUGAAGCAUUCUAAUAAGUUCCCUAUGGUCGUUUUAGAGCGUUGCAAAAUUCCAUCCUUCGAAUUUCCAGUCGAAUCAGAUACAUGCAAAGAUGUUGAAAGAAAUUUUCAGGAGACUGUACAAGUCUGCGUUCCUGACAAAAGAGAAGUCGAAGGCAACAUACUGACAGAUACGUCCGAUACACACGAAGAUGUUCAUGAAGUUGAGAUUGUUGUAAGUGAAUAUCAUUUAAAAAUAAUUAAAUCUGACAUAAAUGAAGUUCAGGAAUCUUUGGUUGGAAGCAAAUCCACUGAAAGUGAACAUGAAAUUAUCAGUCGAAGGGUAGCUUCUGAACGUGAACUUCAGGACUCUGAAGAAGUUAGUGUUGCUGACGAUACUGAAGGAGAAACUGAAGUACAUAGAAACACAACGGAUGGAAAUGAAAGUAUGGAAGUUGCCGGUGUUGCGUCUGAACGUGAACUUCAGGAAUCUGAAGAAGUUAGUGUUGCUGACGAUACUGAAGGUGAAACUGAAGUACAAAGAAACACAACAGAUGGAAAUGAAAGUAUGGAAGUUGCCGGUGUUGCGUCUGAACGUGAACUUCAGGAAUCUGAAGAAGUUAGUGUUGCUGACGAUACUGAAGGUGAAACUGAAGUAUAUAGAAACACAACAGAUGGAAAUGAAUGUAUGGAAUUUGCCGGUGUUGCGUCUGAACGUGAACUUCAGGAAUCUGAAGAAGUUAGUGUUGCUGACGAUACUGAAGAUGAAACUGAAGUAUAUAGAAACACAACAGAUGGAAAUGAAAGUAUGGAAUUUGCCGGUGUUGCGUCUGAACGUGAACUUCAGGAAUCUGAAGAAAUUAGUGUUGCUGGCGAUACUGAAGAUGACGCAGGGGCAAAUAAAAAUGGAGAUUUAGAAGGUGUCAGUGGAGGGUUAGUUGUUGAAGGUGGAUUUUAUGAAGCUACAGAAGAUAAAGAUCAAGUAAGUCGUCGUACAAUUGAAAGUGAUAGAAGCGAGGAUCAGGUAGCUGUUGGUGAAUGUGAAGAAACUGUUCAAUUUAAAUGUCACGAAGUUGUACAACCGAGCGAAAGGGAAAAUAAAAUGGGUAUACAGACACGUUUAGAUGAUGAACAUGACAAUGGAUGUGUAGCCUUUGAAGUUGAAUAUGACGAAGAUGUGCUAACAUAUGUUGCUGAAGAAAUUGUGGGUUACGUGGAGGAUGAUGCAACUCUUGGUCUGGAGGGCGUAGAUGUUGGCGUGACUUUUGAAAGUGAAUUUUACUCAUCUCUGCCAUCAAUAGUUACAAUCGAAAGAGAAGAGUGGUAGAAGAAACAACAAUUUUAGCUGCUAAAAAUGAAAAUUUUGUACGUGUUAUUAAGAGCGAUGCAAAUUGAGGAAGUGAAUUUCAUGAGACUGUUUAAGCACGGAGGCGUGUAUUGAACACAAUAAGAAGAUGAAGGAAAAGUGUCACAAGUGAAUUCCAUAGUUUUAUAUGAGUUUGUGUAGAUGACAGUUAAAGAAUUGAAGAUUUUGUGAUAACCAAAAAAUUAGUAUUGAUGAUCGUAAAAAACAUGACAGCUUAGGAAUUAUAAUGUAACAAUACCAUUCAUUAUAAUACUGCCAUUGAAACUAAACUGUUUUACGACUUUUGUUGGAAACAAAAGAUUGUUAUGAAUAUGUGUGUGCAGCGUCCCGUCCCCACCGUGACUCCCGAUUCCAUGGAAUCGCCAGUGCUUCAAAAGACGUGUAUUUCUUACAAACAUUUUUCAGUUCUGGUAACUGUGGUUGGUGAAGUAGAUUACGAUACUUUAAUACAAUAUGGCGGUGAUUCAACCAUUUGAGGCUCAACGUUCAUAAACUUUUGUCAUAAUUUGCGGAAUUAUCGGCAGUGGACGGUUUCUUACUUCUUGUUAUGUGAACAGAUUUUAACUGAUUUCACAUUUCGACAUAACUCUCGGAACUUUGAUAUUGUAACGUAAGGACAAGAAUUAUUUAUAAUUCUUUGCACUCGCUGCAAACAUCAAUUUAGAGUAUGCAAAAUGGAUAUGUUAAAUUCUUAGAGAAAUAUUCUACAUUAAAUCGAUAUAUUAUAUCAUUUUCAAGAUAUUUUCUAUUAUAGAGUGUAUGGAUUUCCGUAACAUUCAGCCUUGAAUGUAGUAAUUUACAUAUUUGCCUCAAUAUUGUGUUAUUUUAAUGUGAGAUGUUUCAUUGUGCUUCUGAAUUAAUGUCCAGGUCUGCUCAACUUUGUAGCCUGUAUUGUUUGUUUGUAAGAUGCUGAUUCAUGUAUCAGCUGAAUCAUCAGCAGCCAUCAUGGGUCUUUGAUGUUCCACCAGAUGGCAUUUGUCAUUCAUAACUGACGAAAGCAAAGACUUCAAAUGGUAAGGAAAGUAACUUUAAAGAGAAUAAUAGUGAAAUAACCUACAGGGAGACCCUAAAGUUUAUUUAGUAUCGGCUUUUGCAGUAUAGUUUAUGUACAUGGUGUCUUAACCGUAUUUCUGUGAUACUUUUCGUCAUUGUGUAUUAUGUUCUUUCUUAUCGUCUCAUUAAUUUCAGCUGCUUCCAUAUCAGAGUAUUCAAAUGCAAGAUCUACUGUUAAAUCAUAAUAUAUUAAAUGCUUAAACUAAAAUAAUGAACAAGAAAGACAUCCAAUAUGUAUGAAACCAUCAACAUUGGAAAAUAAGUAAUAUUUUCUAUAGCUGUUCGUACUCAGCACAGGACUUCAGUAAAAGAAUAAAGAUUUUGUGUGAUUUGUGGUUUUCGUGGUGAGUCUGAAGAUGGCCGUCUUCUGGUGUUUGCGCCGUGUACCAGACUACACGGCGCAACAACUCAGAAGACGGCCAUCUUAAGAAAGAUUUGUUGUCUUUUGAAAUGUUAUAUUUCAUGGAGUUUAUUCUUUUCAACACAAUUAAAAGAAAAAUACUUUAUUGUUAAGAGCGUACACAGUACCUGCAUACUAAUAUUUUCGUGAAUAGAUCAUGCUCAUUUUAUAGUCUCGAAAACAAUUAUCAAAGUGUAGAGGCAAAAAUCUGGAGUUACUUACUUUCAAAAAAUAGUUUAUUCAAUUGUUUUAUCUGAUUUCUCCAAAUAUAAUUCUAUGUCUUCAUAAUUAAAUGCUUCCAAUAUUAAUAUUUCCUUAUAAUUUUUUGUAAGUACACAGCUAAUUCCAUAUUUAUUUUGUUACGUUACUCGGCCUGAAUUGGACUAAAAAGUACUAUAGCUAAUGUAAAACCAUUCGCCCAUCGUAAUAGGUUAUUUUAUUUUUGUGUAUUUGGUAUGGCCAUUUGGUUUUAGAUAUGAAAGCUUGUAAAAUAAUCCCCAUAUUUGACGAAAUAUGAUAUAGUCUUGUUUUUAUUAUAAGACUUUUAAAAAUGUGCCAUGAGAUAUGCUGUUACUCGGGAAGGAAAAGAAAAUCAUUAUUUGUAGUUCAAUUGAACUUAAGUUGCUUUCAGAUCUGCUGUCCUCCAUACCAUUCAACUUCAAGCUACUGGAACUCUCCGCAUUUCACGCAAGUCAGUCAAUUUAUUUUUCACGAAUUUUACUCUUCGCUUAAUAAUCUAUGAGAAGUCCAUAGAAAAUUCUUCAGUUGUGUAUUCCAGAGCGUUAUCUACAUCUAUUUCGGUGUUCAGUGACAAUUUUUACAUAAAUUCAAAUACCAUAGAUACAGUUAUUAUUAUUAUUAUUAAGUGUUCUGUCUUACGACAGGU